AUGGCUGCUAACGGAAACGCGCGUGCUGCUCUUGCACCUGGGCAUCUUUUAUUCACCUCUGAGUCUGUAGGCGAAGGUCAUCCCGACAAAAUCUGUGACCAGGUUUCCGAUGCCAUUCUUGAUGCCUGCCUCGAGCAAGAUCCAUUUUCAAAGGUCGCUUGUGAGACCGCGUCGAAGACCGGCAUGAUCAUGGUCUUUGGAGAGAUCACCACCAAAGCCCAGAUCGAUUUCCAAAAAGUUAUUCGCAACACAAUCAAACAGAUUGGUUACGAUGACUCUUCCAAAGGCUUCGACUACAAGACCUGCAACAUUCUUGUUGCCAUCGAGCAGCAGUCCCCUGAUAUCGCUCAGGGUCUGGACCAUGGCUCUCUGGAAGACCACGGUGCUGGUGACCAGGGUAUCAUGUUCGGUUAUGCUACCGAUGAGACCCCAGAAUUAAUGCCUUUGACCAUCAUGCUCGCACACAAGCUUAACCGUGCCAUGGCCGAUGCUCGCCGAUCAGGUCUUCUGCCUUGGUUGCGCCCCGACUCCAAGACUCAAGAGGGUGGUGCAAUGAUCCCCCUGCGUGUGGACACGGUAGUUAUUUCGACCCAGCACGCAGAGGAAAUCUCCACCGACGAGCUUCGCAAAGAAAUUAUGAGCAAAAUCAUCAAGCAGGUCAUCCCCGCGAACCUACUUGAUGAUCGCAUCGUCUACCACAUUCAACCAUCUGGCCGCUUUGUCAUUGGUGGUCCCCAGGGUGAUGCCGGUCUCACUGGCCGUAAGAUCAUUGUGGACACCUACGGUGGUUGGGGUGCACACGGUGGAGGAGCCUUCUCAGGCAAAGACUUCUCCAAGGUUGACCGUUCCGCAGCAUACACCGCUCGUUGGAUCGCCAAAUCUCUCGUUGCCGCUGGCCUCGCUCGCCGCUGCCUUGUUCAGCUCUCAUAUGCUAUCGGUGUUGCCGAACCCUUGUCUAUCUACGUUGACACGUACGGCACUGGCAAGAAGUCGGACGAGGAGCUCGAGGCUAUCAUUCGCAAGAACUGGGAUCUCCGUCCUGGUGUCAUGGUGCGUGAGCUUGACCUCCAGAAACCCCACUACCUCAGGACCGCGUCUUAUGGCCACUUCGGUAACCCAGCAUACACCUGGGAGAAGCCUAAACAGCUCAAGUUGUAA